AUGUACGCCCCAGUCAAACUCCCAUCUGGCUCUUUCCUCGGAACGGGGGAUCGCGACGCGCGACCGCGAGCGGGCGGCGACGACCGCCCCCGCGCGGAGAAGAGGCCCCCUUUCGCCCACCGGGGAGGCGGCCCGCUCUUGUUAUGUCACUUGCAGUCUAAAAUCGGUAGAAGGCAUAGGGAAGACGAGCAGAGUUCAAGCUCAACAGGGUCUUCUUUCCACGCCGUUAACUGCAGGCCCGUUUCCCCUGCCUCCGCGGCCGGGGAAACGGGAGGGAAACCCCGGCCUUUGCCGAGAGGCGCCUUCCGCGUUGGUCCCGACCCGCGACGGCGGGGGGCGCGUGAUGCCGGCGGGCGCUCGGGCUGCGCGGCUCGAGCGGAGGGGAGGGCACCAGAGGCAGAGGAGCAGCCGCAGGCACGGCAGCCGCCCCUGCGGGGUCGGGUCCGAGCUCGGAGCGACCUCGUGAGAGGCCGCCCCUCGCCCAGUCCUUCUCCCUCGGAGCGGACAGAAACGCCGCGGCGCCGACCGCCAAGGGCACCCUUGGGCCCCCUCCUCGCCGCCGCCUCCGCGCACCGCCGGCGGCCUACCCGCCAGGGGAACGAGGGACCGCUUCCGGCUGUGGGCCCGGCAUGGCUCGACCCUCAGAGCCAAUCCUUGUCCCGAAGUUACGGAUCUAACUUGCCGACUUCCCUUACCUACAUUGAUCUAUCGACCAGAGGCUGA